AUGACCAAGAAAGGCGCUAUAAUCGGGGCGUCCACCGUCCUGGUGGUGGCGGUGGUCGCCGCCGUCUGUGUGGUGUCCUUCAAGAACAGCGGUGAUGGCGGCAAGGGUGAGGGCCAGAUGUCGACAUCCGUGAAGUCGAUCAAGUCGUUCUGCCAGCCCGUGGACUACAAGGAGACGUGCGAGAGUGCGCUGGAGGGGGCGGCCGGGAACGCCACGAGCCCGACGGACCUUGCCAAGGCCAUCUUCAAGGUGACCUCGGACCGGAUCGAGCAGGCCGUGCGGGAGUCGGCCGUGCUGAACGACCUCAAGAACGACCAGCGCACGUCGGGCGCGCUCAACAACUGCAAGGAGCUGCUGGACUACGCCAUCGACGACCUCAAGACGACGUUCGACAAGCUCGGCGGGUUCGAGAUGACCAAUUUCAAGCGCGCGGUGGACGACCUCAAGACGUGGCUGAGCUCGGCACUGACGUACCAGGAGACGUGCCUUGACGGAUUCGAGAACACGACGACGGACGCUGCGGCCAAGAUGCGCAAGGCGCUCAACAGCUCGCAAGAGCUGACAGAGAACAUCCUAGCCCUCGUGGACGAGUUCUCAGAGACGCUCGCCAACCUGGACCUGCCGAGCUUCAGCCGACGGCUGCUCGGUGACGACGGCAUGCCCGAGUGGAUGCCGGACGCCAAGCGCCGGCUGCUGCAGGCCUCGCCCGGCGCUCCCCAGUUCAAGCCGAACGUGACGGUGGCGGCGGACGGCAGCGGCGACUUCAAGACCAUCAACGAGGCGCUGGCCAAGGUGCCGCUCAAGAGCGCCACCACGUACGUGAUGUACAUCAAGGCCGGCACGUACAAGGAGUAUGUUUCCGUGGCCCGGAACGUGACGAACCUGGUGAUGAUCGGCGACGGCGCCACCAAGACGAUCAUCACGGGAAACAAGAGUUUCAUGCUCAACAUCACGACCAAGGACACGGCGACUAUGGAGGCGAUCGGCAACGGGUUCUUCAUGCGCGGCAUUGGCGUGGAGAACACAGCGGGCGCCAAGAACCACCAGGCGGUGGCGCUGCGCGUGCAAAGCGACAUGUCGGCGUUCUACGAGUGCCAGUUCGAUGGGUACCAGGACACUCUGUACACGCACACGAGCCGGCAGUACUACCGCGACUGCGUGAUCAGCGGCACCAUCGACUUUAUCUUCGGCAACGCGCAGGUGGUGCUCCAGAACUGCCUGAUCCAGGUGCGCAGGUGCAUGGACAACCAGCAGAACAUCGUCACGGCGCAGGGCCGGAAGGAGAAGCGCUCGGCGGGAGGCACCGUCAUCCACAACUGCACCAUCGCGCCGCACCCAGAGUUCGAGGCGCACGCGGGGCGCCUCAAGACCUUCCUGGGGCGGCCGUGGAAGGAGUACUCGCGCACGCUCUACAUCCAGUCGGAGAUUGGCGGCUUCAUCGACCCGCAGGGGUGGCUGCCGUGGCUCGGCGACUUCGGCCUUAACACCUGCUACUACGCCGAGGUGGAGAACCACGGGCCCGGCGCCGACAUGAGCAAGCGCGCCAAGUGGAGGGGAGUCAAGGCCGUCACCUACCAGCAGGCACAGCAGAAGUACACCGUCGAGAGGUUCAUCCAGGGCCAGCAGUGGCUCCCGAAACUCGGCGUGCCAUUCAUCCCGGGGCUGCUGCCGCAGCAGCAAUCCGGCAGGAUACACUGAGCCACGCGGCCAUGCCCA